AUGAAAAUAUUAUUGGAAAGACAGCGAAGAAUUUACUUUGAAUUAGAAGAAAAAGAUCACUCUGAGGAUGCGAGAUCAAGGAAUAAAUCAAAUCUCCUUAACCACAAGAGUAGCGAUACUAACGCUUUAAGUUACAUUGAGAGUAGACUAGCAUCUUAAAACUUGGAUUAAUAGCAGCUAUCUUCUAUGCCCUCUCUUAAUGCAAACAGAACCUUCUCCUCUAUGAAGUAAAACAAUACAGAGAAGCUUCCACUUGUAUUUUAAAAUAAUCUGCUCUAUUAAAAAAUUAAAAACAAUCAAUUUCAAGUGCAAUAAAAUCAAUUGGAAAAGUCUCGAGAAAGAUUUAGUAACUUCUAUGAACAAAAUUCUAGAAAUAAGUUCUAAGACAUUGAAUUAUUUGGAGUUAAGGCUAAUUGUGUUUCAUUGGCUGCAGAAGAUAGAUUAUUGAAAAAUAGAAAAAGCCCAAUCAGAACAAUUCCCAUUAAGAUUAAUAAUGACCUUGCAGAAGACAAUGUGUAUAUUAAAGAUCACAGUAAGUAAUACUUAGAGAUUAAAAAUAACUAAGACAACUCGAUUAUUAGACCUCUAUAAAUAAAGAACAAAUUAUCAAAGAAGUUUUAUCAAAUGAAAACUUUACGAGAGAGCAAUUAAAUCAUAAUGCAUAACAACUAUUAUGAAGCAUUGAAUAGGGAUCUUGAGACAGUUAAAAAAAUGGACAAGUCUAGAAGUACCACUCAUUAGCAUAAUCGGCAAAAUGAUAUUCAAAGAGAUUACAUAAAUAAAAGAUCUCAAUCAAAUAAUGAGAAAUUCGUUAAUGUUUAAUUAAAGCGUACUUAAAAGUCAUCAAGUAAAAAUAUUAAUGGAGUGUAAUUAGUAGAUAGAGUGAAUUAAAGAAAUCAAGCGUUAGCUUAGUUUUUAAGAUCAAGAACAAAGACUAAUUGA